AUGAACGACUCGGCAGCGCGAUCGCAGUCGCGAUCGCGUGUGAGGGCCCGCGCUGCAUCGCCGUCUGACGCCCAGCCGGUAGGACCCAAGCGCAUCACGCCUUUUGAAGCCGCCAAGCUUGCCAAGCAAGUGGAGACCCUGUCGCGCCAGAUCGAGAACACCGAUGCGGUGGUAGAGAACCAGACCCACGAGCUUGCUGUAGCAAGCACAACCAUUUCCGAGCUCUCGUCGACAGUUCGCGCGCUGCGAAAGCACAUCGCGCGGCUAGAGGAGAGCAACAGCUCCGGUGCCGGAGGUGCUGUGGCCUCGGAGUCGCUGCGAAGCCAGCUAGAUCAGCAGAGGCGGCAGGGCCAGGAUCUGCAGUCGCAGCUUGCGCCACUUCGGGUCCUGCACUCCGCAGUCGCCUCGCACUUGCUCAAUGCACAGCUCAAGAUCAAGGCGCUCAAUGCCCAGGUGCGGUCGGCCAACGACGAGCUCUGCGCGCUGCAGCAAGCACACGCGGCACUGGCCGAAGAGAAUCGCCAGCUGCACAAGCAGACCGAUAUGGCUCAGGCCCGCGAUGCGGCGUACACUACACUCCUGGCUGAGCAUGCUGCGCUGCUGGAAAGGAUGAGUGAGCUGGAACUCGGCGCUGAGAACGCUACGCUUGGAGCGAUGGCGCGCCGAGCGGACGCGUUCCGUAACCAGCUUCAUCUCGAGCUCGAGGCCAAGGACGACGUAAUCAGUGAGCUUGAGCUCAAGCUGGCCAGCGCGCAGCGGAUCCGCGCGCGCUUCGAGUUGGCGCUCAACGAGCAGGCAAUUGAGGCUGACACUGAGCGUCAGAAGCUGUCCCAGGCAACCAAGCUCAUCCGCAAUCUGGAGAGCCAAAACGCGCAGCUUCGCGAUCCAGGUAUGCAAGCCCCGAUGGGGCGAGUCGCGCUGCUUUUCACCGACGUGCAGGGCUCGACGCGGCUGUGGGCGGCGGAUCCGGAGAACAUGAGCGAGGCGCUCUGGGCACACAACACGGUCAUCCGCGAGUGCCUCGCCGAGUGGCAAGGGUAUGAGGUCAAGACCGAGGGUGACGCGUUUAUGGUGGCGUUCGCCGAUCCACGCGACGCCGUUGCGUGCGCGCUCCGCAUUCAGUCGGCACUCCUCGACAUCGCAUGGUCGCCCAAACUCCUCGAAUCGGACGAUGCAGCAGAGGACUACGACGCCGAUGGUGUGCUUGUAUAUUGCGGCUUCCGAGUCCGCAUGGGCAUCCACAUCGGCGAGCCGGUAACCCGUCGUGACCCGACCCAUCACCGCAUGGAUUACUUUGGCUCGGUUGUCAACCUCGCGGCGCGUGUGGAGAGCAAGGCGCAAGGUGGACAGGUGUUGAUAUCCGAGGAGACGCUUGCAGCCAUCCGGCCCAUGGACGAUCUUACCAUCGGCAUGCCGGCGCCACUGCUUCCGGCCGGAUCGUCUUCGGCCGGGGGGACACACGAUGUGCUCGACCAUGCGCAUAUUGUCCCGCUGGGCGCCACCGAGCUGAAGGGCAUCCCCCAUCCCGUCACACUCUUCCAGGUUGCUGCCAACGAGCUCGCCGGGCGAAUCUUUACUGCUUGGGGUGCCAUGAAUGAUGAGGACCCGUCGCCCCCGGUCGAAUUGAUGACCCCAGAGGUUGACUCGAUCGCCUUGUCGGUCGUCGUCCCGUCUGGCUCGAGCCACACGCUCGCCCUGCCGACGGCAUGCUCGCACUCGGAGCUCUUGCCGACCGAGGCAGCGCUUGUGCCAUCACAGAUCCAGGCAAGUCUCACUGCUGCCGAGGCACGCAUUCAAGACCUUGAAGACGAGCUGGAACGAACCCAGGUUGUCAAACAAGGAACCAGUGCACGGCUGGUUGAUCUCACGCAGGAAGCCAAGGAUACACGCGAGUCUACAGCAGAACUGCAGGAGCGGCUUGUGGUGGCAGAGCGAGCCCGCGCCAAAGCGGCGGCGCGAGGUGAGAUUCUCGAGUCCCAGCUUGCGAAUGCUAGCGACGAUGCCCGCCACGAUGCAGAGAUGGCCAAGACUCGGAUUGCGGCGUUGGAGGGUAGCCUCGAGGAGAGCAAGGUGUCUCUGCAGCAGGCAUCGGAUGCGCAUGCGGCGGCGGCGGCCGAGGCAGUCAGCUUGGGGGUCCAGCUGGAAGAUGUGCGCCGUCAGGCCCGGAUGCAGGUUGAGCGUCUGGAACUCGAGGUCGAGCGGUGCCGGCGGCGGGAGUCGCAGCUGACAGACGAGCUUGCAGUGGCGCGCACCGACGCUGACCGACGUGCCGACGAGUAUCGUACGCGCGAGCUGGCGUGGCAAGCUGAUCUCGAUGAGCUUCGCACCACUGAGCGCGCCUGUCGAAUUGCAGCCGAGGAUCUUGCCCACAAUGUCGAGGCCAAACUACGACGAACCGAGGCGGCUCUCUCCAGCGCCGAGCAGCGACGGGAUGAGCUUGAAGCUUCAUCCCAUAAGCUGUUGGAGACGCAGUGGAUGAUGGCGGCCAAGGAUCGCGAGCUCGAGUUCAAGCUUAAUGAGCUGGUCACCAAGGACCGCAAACUGAAGGAACUGAUGCAGGAACUGGGCACCAACGAGCAGGCACUGUCAGAUGCCAGGCGUGAGCUUGCUGAUGCUAAGCGGAAGCUGGCCAGCAACGAGCAGUCGCUGGCAGAUGCCAGGCGCGAGCUUGCUGAUGCGAAGCGGGAACUAGCCCACAACGAGCAGGCGCUAGCAGAUUUCAGGCGCGAGUUCGAUGACACCAGGCAGGAGUUGAGCACUAGAGAUCAGGCGCUGGCCGAUUCCAGGCGCGAGCUCGAUGAUACCAGGCAGAAGUUGAGCACUAGAGAUCAGGCGCUGGCAGAUUCCAGGCGCGAGCUCGAUGACACCAGGCAGGAAUUCCAGGCGCGAACUCGCGAGCUGGCGUGGCAAGCUGAUCUCGAUGAGCUUCGCACCACUGAGCGCGCCUGUCGAAUUGCAGCCGAGGAUCUUGCCCACAAUGUCGAGGCCAAACUACGACGAACCGAGGCGGCUCUCUCCAGCGCCGAGCAGCGACGGGAUGAGCUUGAAGCUUCAUCCCAUAAGCUGUUGGAGACGCAGUGGAUGAUGGCGGCCAAGGAUCGCGAGCUCGAGUUCAAGCUUAAUGAGCUGGUCACCAAGGACCGCAAACUGAAGGAACUGAUGCAGGAACUGGGCACCAACGAGCAGGCACUGUCAGAUGCCAGGCGUGAGCUUGCUGAUGCUAAGCGGAAGCUGGCCAGCAACGAGCAGUCGCUGGCAGAUGCCAGGCGCGAGCUUGCUGAUGCGAAGCGGGAACUAGCCCACAACGAGCAGGCGCUAGCAGAUUUCAGGCGCGAGUUCGAUGACACCAGGCAGGAGUUGAGCACUAGAGAUCAGGCGCUGGCAGAUUCCAGGCGCGAGCUCGAUGACACCAGGCAGGAGUUGAGCACUAGUGAUCAGGCGCUGGCAGAUUCCAGGCGCGAACUCGAUGACGCUAAGCGAGAGCUGACCGCCAAAGAGCAGACUCUGGCAGGCGUCCGGAGCGAGCUGGUGCUGGCAAUGGAUAUGAACCUUCAGCUGGAGGCUGACGCGUGGCAGGCGCCUCCACCAGAGAACGAGCUCGCCAUCAAUGCUGCCAACGAACGGGCCAGCCAGGCCGAGGCCGAGCUGGCUCUCUGCCAAAACGAGUUGGCAAAGGCACGUAAGGCACAGAUGUCCUUGACAGUCGACGACAAGUCCCAAUCUGCGUUACAGAGCACAAUCAGUGCGCUGUCCAACAGUCUGGCGCUUCUCCAGAACCAACUCGCAUCGGCUUCCGCCGCCGAGACCGCAGCCCGUCGCAGCGAGGCGGCAGCCCGCGCCGCCGAGCACGAUGCCCGCAAAGAGGCUUCUGACGCACGACAGGAGCUGAAGCUCGUCCGACAAAACAUGCUCGCGGCAGAGGCGCUCGGCGAGAGCCGGGCCGCGUGCGCCACUGGCGAGCUGGAAGACGAAAUCAAGCUACUUCGCGCGGAGCGGACAUGGCUGCUUGAUGAGCUCGAGAUCGCACGGGUCAAGGCAGGCCUGCCACUGUGACCUACUACUCGUUUUCGCCUUCUUGCUCAAGGUAGUCGCCAAA